AUGGCGGCCCCCAGGCCUGGUUGCUACUUAGGGGCGGCGAAGGAUCAGCGGCGGGAAGGAUAUGGACUGUAUGUUUAUCCUAAUUCUUUUUUUCAAUAUGAAGGAGAAUGGAAACAAGGAAGAAAACAUGGUCAUGGUAAGCUGUUAUUUAAGGAUGGGAGUUAUUAUGAAGGCGAGUUUGUAGACGGAGAAAUUAUGGGAAAUGGAUUGCGAUACUGGGCAUCUACAGGAAACACUUAUUCAGGUCAGUUCGUUUCUGGAGAGCUCCAUGGACAUGGAGUCAUGCAGUACAAAGAUGGUGGGAAAUAUGAAGGGGAGUUCUCCUAUGGAGUGAGAGCAGGACAUGGAUUACUUGUUGAUAAGGAUGGACAAACUUAUCAAGGAACCUUUCACAAUAAUAAGAAACAUGGAGGAGGGAAAAUGACCUUCAAGAAUGGUGAUAAGUAUGAAGGAGACUGGAUCCUGGACCAGCGACAGGGUCAUGGGGUACUGCACUGUGCCGAUGGAACUAUAUAUGAGGGACAGUGGAGAAAUGAUGUGUUCAAUGGACAGGGCACCGAAAUUCAUUGUUCUGGUGUCAUCUAUGAUGGACUGUGGAUCAAUGGCUACCCUGCUGCUCAAGCAAAGAAGAUAGUAAUUUUGGGCCCAGAAGUUAUUGAUGUAAUCCAAGGGUCUGCUAUCACCCUUCAUGUCCAGCUACAGAAUGAAGAAGGAGAGGUUUCUGAAUAUGAGAAUGGUCGACUUUUGGAGAUCUGGGCUGGAGUCAAAAACCAUCAAAUUCCAGCAAGUUCUUCUACCAGCUUAUUCAAGCUAAUUGAAGAAGUUGAAAGGAAGCCAGUGAAAACCCCUUUUGGAUUUGAGUGUAUUAGCUAUCCUUUGAUGGAUGCUGUGUCCGGAAGCUGGGAACUGAAAGCUGCUGUCCCUAUAUCUGGCAAAUCUGGAUUUGAACUGGCUGAUUUACCAAUCCCUAAGGGAGAUAUAGAGCCAGAAUCCAGAUCAGACAGCCGGCUUGGAACGGGAGAUGCCCCUAGCAACGAGGAUGGAUUUGAAGGUGAAAGUCUCCGUCCUCCAGCCAGUCAGAGAGUGGAGCGUGGCUGUGUUGUUUUCAGAAACAUCAUGCUUGCACCUCCUCCGGCUAAUUAUCAACCAUUCAUGCUUUUGGAUGAACUAAAUAAAAAAGGAGGCAAAAAGCCAAGUGGAAGGAUAUCUGCUGAGAAAGCUGAGAAGAUGACAGUCUCACAGGAGAAAAUUGUAGACAGCAGGUCUGAAGUGACAGCGAAAGGGUACAAGUCAAAACAGGAUCAGCACUCCACGAAGAACUCUAGGGUAUUGCCAGGCCAGUAUGUGAUUAUGGUCCAUGAAGUGACCAUGCCCCCAUUCUUGGGCCAGACUCUCCCAACUGCUUUCAAACUCUUGAGGGUUUUGCCAGAGAAAACCAAAGUCAAGAAUAUUAAAAAGGAAACUGUGAAAACCACCAGCAGUCUUGUUCAUUACCUACAUAUUAAAAACACUUGCCCACUACAGGAUGACAACCAGGCUGCUAUCUUCUCUCUUGAAACUGGUUCCUGUCAUCACCUAAGGAGGAUAAAAGCUGUGUUAAUUAUUCCAAAAAUGUCUUUGUUGAAUAGUCCAGAAAUGAAGCUGACUGGUGAUGGUGGUGGUGGUAAAGUGUUGAGUUGA